UUCUGCUUCGAUUUCAGAAUUUAAUGAGACCAAAUCAUCUAUUUCGAUCAAUUCCCAACUAAAAGAGGAAUUAGAUCGACAUGUCAAAAGAGCAGGUCUACAUCAUUUGAGAUCUUAUGGACGUAACUGUGCCGAAGCAACUGCCAUUUCGAACUCUAGUGGAAUCUAUGAGAUUCUCAUUCCCAGCUACAGUAAACACCCCUUUAAAGUUGCUUGUGAUGCUACGACCAUGGGAGGUGGUUGGACUGUCAUUUUGAGUCGUAUGGACGGAAGUGUGGACUUUCAUCGGAAUUGGAAUGUCUACAAGAAAGGAUUCGGAGAUCUGGAUGGAGAGUUCUUUCUGGGAUUGGAUAAAAUUCACGAACUGACUGCAGAGUACAGCCAAGAAUUGCUUGUGGUAGUCGAGGACUUUGAGGGAAACGAAGCCUUUGAGACAUAUGAGAAAUUUGCAAUCGGCAAUGAGGAGGAGCUCUAUGCCUUACAUACUCUUGGCAAAGCCAAUGGAUCUGCUGGUGAUUCACUUCGAAAACAUCAUACCAUGAAAUUUACUACAUUUGAUCGUGAUAAUGAUAGUGAUCAAAAAAGCUGUGCCGUAGAUGACAAUAACGCGUGGUGGUACUAUAGUGGCUGUUAUAAUAGCAACUUGACUGGUAAAUAUAAAGACAAGAGUGGUUAUGGCGUCGAUUGGAUCACUUUUCGGAGCUAUUCCCUUAAGAAAGCUGCUAUGAUGAUAAGACCAAGAAAAUGAAUUAUUAUUUGCACAAAAUAUAAAUCUAACAUGUAUUUAGUCGGUUUAAUUUCAUGUUUUGUGAUA